AUGCAAUUAGGUUGUAAUGAAAUAAAGAUAGUAUCAAAGUAUUUUAAAGAUAUUAAUGAUUUUAUUAAUUUAGAAAUGGGAGUUAAAAGAUUUAGAGGAAAUAUGGAACGAUUUCAUUUUAAUCCAAUUCCAUUGAAUCAAUAUUCAAGAAAAUUGUUUCCUAAUAUUGAAACAUUUCAUAUUUAUAAUAAAGAAGAUGAAAUAUUUAAAGAUGGAAAAAUAUUUAAAUAUGUAAUAUGGUAUAAAGUGAAUUAUUCAAAAUAUUUAAAAGAGAAAGAAGAAGGAAAUAUUUGUAAAAAUAUCGAAUACACAAAAGAAGAUAGAGAAGAAUAUGGAAAUACAAUACCAAUAGAAGUCAAUUCACUUGGAAAUAGAUGUUUUAGAUGGUGUGGUGAUAUUCAAUCAAUUAAUAUACCAACAAAUGUAAAUGAAUUAGGAAAUGGAUGUUUUUAUGAAUGUUCAUCAUUAACAUCAAUUAAUCUACCACCAAGUGUUAGUAAAAUAGGAGAUGAAUGUUUUUAUAGAUGUUCAUCAUUAACAUCAAUUAAAAUACCAACAAGUGUUGGUAAAAUAGGAGAAUAUUGCUUUUAUGAUUGUUCAUCAUUAAAAUCAAUUGAAAUACCACCAAGGGUUAAUAAAAUAAGAGAAGGAUGUUUUUGUAAUUGUACAUCACUAACAUCGGUUACUAUGACAUCAUCAGUUACAUCAUUUUGA